GCACGCACGCACGCACGCACGCACACACACACACACACACACACACACACAGGGGAUACAACGGUACAGUGGCCCCACCGUUCGGUACGGUUUCGGGAUAUUUACAUUUAAGUAAAAAAAUAAACACAUCACCCUUUAAACCCUUGAAAUGAACUAUUUUAUUUAUCCUGAAACGUUCCAUUCAGAAAAAUGUCAACAUGACUGACUGCCUGGUUUCUGUCUCUACUCUCUGACAGCAAGGGGAGAACACAAUGAAAAGUGCUUCUUCACUUUGACAAGCUGUAGGUGCUUUGCCAAUGUGGGGCCCAAACCCAUCAGCUUCACGGAUGUUCACUGUGUUUUGUGCGUUAUCUGUAGGUGCUUUGCCAAUGUGGGGCCCAAACCCAUCAGCUUCACGGAUGUUCACUAUGUUUUGUGCGUUAUCUGUAGGUGCUUUGCCAAUGUGGGGCCCAAACCCAUCAGCUUCACGGAUGUUCACUAUGUUUUGUGCGUUAUCUGUAGGUGCUUUGCCAAUUUGGGGCCCAAACCCAUCAGCUUCACGGAUGUUCACUAAGUUUUGUGCGUUAUCUGUAGGUGCUUUGCCAAUGUGGGGCCCAAACCCAUCAGCUUCACGGAUGUUCACUGUGUUUUGUGCGUUAUCUGUAGGUGCUUUGCCAAUGUGGGGCCCAAACCCAUCAGCUUCACGGAUGUUCACUGUGUUUUGUGCGUUAUCUGUAGGUGCUUUGCCAAUGUGGGGCCCAAACCCAUCAGCUUCACGGAUGUUCACUAUGUUUUGUGCGUUAUCUGUAGGUGCUUUGCCAAUGUGGGGCCCAAACCCAUCAGCUUCACGGAUGUUCACUGUGUUUUGUGCGUUAUCUGUAGGUGCUUUGCCAAUGUGGGGCCCAAACCCAUCAGCUUCACGGAUGUUCACUAUGUUUUGUGCGUUAUCUGUAGGUGCUUUGCCAAUGUGGGGCCCAAACCCAUCAGCUUCACGGAUGUUCACUGUGUUUUGUGCGUUAUCUGUAGGUGCUUUGCCAAUGUGGGGCCCAAACCCAUCAGCUUCACGGAUGUUCACUAUGUUUUGUGCGUUAUCUGUAGGUGCUUUGCCAAUGUGGGGCCCAAACCCAUCAGCUUCACGGAUGUUCACUGUGUUUUGUGCGUUAUCUGUAGGUGCUUUGCCAAUGUGGGGCCCAAACCCAUCAGCUUCACGGAUGUUCACUGUGUUUUGUGCGUUAUCUGUAGUGGCUGGGGUUGUGAUAUUUGGUCUCUCUAGCUUCCACUCAGUCACAGCAUUCAUUAAUUCUAGGGCUAAGUGUGCGCUUGUAUGACUCAUACAUGGGCCGAGUCUGCAACACAUAGAUCUGCCAGACCAGUACAUAGUGAACCGUCAGGGCCGAGUCUGCAACACAUAGAUCUGCCAGACCAGUACAUAGUGAACCGUCAGGGCCGAGUCUGCAACACAUAGAUCUCC